UUCAGUCUCUAGGCUUCCGUGCUCAGCAGAACUAUACACACAACGAAAUACGAAAGUGCUGUUCUUAUGUCCCAAGACUCCAAUCCAAAUAAUCGUUGGCAUUCAAUUCGACCAUGGACGCCAAGGCUCUCGCUCUCCGUCCGAGAAUUGACCUCCGUCUCCGCCACCUUUAUCCUCUCAUCCCUCUCAGCCCACACAAAUCUGUCUCUGAUCUUAGAUGGCGAUGAUGCUCACUCUGAUGACGAAGAUGACGGAGCAGGAGAUACUUCUCCUGGACAGCCCGUCGCCUCCGGCUCUCGGUCUCAGCGCAUCAUCUCUGAUGCUUUGUCGAAGGGCCUUUCAGUCACUGUGAACGGCGCACCUUGGCAGCGUGUGCUCAUACGAGUAGACGACGAAGCGGACGAGGCGGUAAUUAUCAUAUAUGGGCUUAUGCCUGGCCGGCAGUAUGAUAUCGAACUGGGUGUCAUCCCGGGUGAAGAGAGGGUCAAGGGUCAGAUCACGACCGAAUCCCAACCCACACAUCCAGACAACGACACCAGCACAGAUCACGCAGACCGCAUUCCCUCUUCCACCUCUCUUCCGACCUCUCCUCCAUCCCGUCCCCCCUCCCCAACACCCUCAAUCUCCACAAACCACCAACCUCUGCACACAACGCAACCCACCGCCCAACCGACCAUACCCCAAACCAUCGAAGAAUACAUCGCCGUCUUAAACUCCAACCUCGCCACCCUCCAGUCCGAAAACGCCACCCUCCUGAGCACACUCAAGCAAACACGGCGAGACGCACAAAAGUCGUCGUCUGCGCUCCGUUCGGACAUCACCUCGUUGAAGAAGGCGUCUCAGAAGCAUUCGACGGCUGAUGCGAGGGCGAGACAGAAGGUGAGAGCCUUGGAAGAGGCGAUGAAGCAGGCUGCAAGGGGCAAGGAAGAGGUGGAGGAAGAGACGGUGGGAGUUGAGGCGGAGAGGAAGGAAAAAGAGGAAGAAUUGGCGAUUGUGGAGGCGAGGUGUAAUGGGGUCAGGGAUCGUGCGGCGGAGUGGAGAGCUAGGAGGGAGAAGGCAGAGGCGGAUCUUGUAGCAAGGUUGGCACCAGGGAAGGCCGAACUGGCGAGUUUAGAUGCGAAGGUCGAGAAGUUGAGAGCUAGGAAGGAGAAGUUGGCUGGCCAGGCGCCGACGGAGUUGGAUGAAUUCGGGAAUAGCUCGAACGACGAGGCAGAAGACACAUGGGUUGCAAAGGACGAGAAGGAGGCGUCCUGUGGAAAUGAGGAGGACAGUGCGCCCAGUCAGGAUUCAGCCACUCUCAGUAGUGGUCUCGUCGGCGAGCUGGAGGACAAGCUACGCGAGCUACAACUAGAACGUGAACAGAUCGAAGCCGAUCCAUACGGCUACGUCGCCUCUUCGCAUCCCAACCUCGACGACGACGCUAUAAUCCCCUCUGAACAGUCCCUCCCCGAUCUUGCCUCUGUUUUCAGCAACGCACCCAUUCCCAUGCCCAUCUCCAUGCCCCCAUCCACGUCCAACAGCAACAACACUGCCUUCCUCCACAAUCCCCGCCUCCAACCCCCACACGUCCCGUUUAAUCUCAAUCCCGUCCCCAGGCCCGGCCUGCACGCAUUCGGGCUCUCGCCUCCACACACGGUAAAUCAACACCCUCAUGCGCCACCACAUCUCCAACACCGUGUCCCCCCAAUGCUCAACAAACGCCACAUCCCCUUCAUCCCACUGCACCACACCCAACACCAACACCACCCCCGACACUCCCUGAACAACGUCAACAUGAACGGAUUCAACAUCAACCCAGGCAUGAACCCCAUGGUCAACCCCCCGAAUCUAGUCAAUGUCAAUAGUGGCGGUAGCGGGAACGGAGCAGGUGUUGGCGUCGGCGUCGGUGUCGGCGGUGCAGGAAUACAACCACCCCGCCCCAUCGGCCCAGUGCAACGUCCACAUUCACAUGCUCCUCCUUCUGUGCACCCCAUAGGUCUCGGCGCCCAACGUCUACCCGGAGUGCCCGUUCUAAACGCCAAUAUCUCAAACCCGACGAAACACUCCCCACCACUCUCCAUGUCCACCGCCAAUCCCAAUCCCCAAGUCGGCUUAUCAGGCCUCUCGAGCUCAUCCUCUCUUCAGGGCCCGCCGGGUCUGGGAGGAUCGACGUUAUCGGGCCUGGCACCCCCUUUCGAGCCUGCGUCCGUGAGGAGUACUAUCGGUCCUGGCCAACAGCAGGGACAGGGACAGGGGCAGGGGCAAGGACAGGGACAGCAGAUGGACGGGCCAUGGCAGUGAGGUUGGUUGUGGUAAUUUCGUUCAUGGUUUAGAGAUGAGAUACACACGUACAGGCAGACUGUCCUCCAAUAGAAUUGCUUUACGAUUUUUACGUUGACGCUUACGAAUACGCAUCAAUUAUUUAUUGUGCAUUUUUUCGGUUCUUUUUUUUCAUCGCCACCUCACUCGAGACAUCGUAUAGACAUCGUAUAUAGUCGCUAUACAGUCUUGAUCAUCCUUGACCAUUG